CAGGCCGAGCGUCAGUGCCGAGGGAGCCUCAGAAAACGGCAGCUGCCCCCGUGCCAGCGCACAGGGCAGACCCGGCCGGGCGGGCGGUGUCUCCGAGCCAGAGCAGGACAAGGGCACGCACAGCCGGGCACAGACUCUUAGCUGGCUCUCCACGUCAGCAUGAGCAGUGAGCAGGGUCCUGAGCAAUUGGCACAUCAGCCUAUCAGAAUUCAGGAGAGGUUCUUUCUCAAGUAAAAUUCUAAAGAGUCAAAGGAUGAAUUUGGACAGUGAUGGAAUGGAUGACAUCAUCAGUCAAGAAUCCCCAUUGGAUAUGGAGGGGAAUUAUAAAAAGGCACAGAAAAAUGAGAGAGAAUCUAUCCGACAGAAGUUGGCACUCGGGAGCUUCUUUGAUGAUGGCCCAGGAAUUUAUACCAGCUGCAGCAAAAGUGGGAAGCCCAGCCUUUCCUCUCGCCUGCAGAGUGGGAUGAACCUGCAGAUCUGCUUUGUCAACGACAGCGGCAGUGACAAGGACAGCGAUGCGGAUGACAGCAAGACGGAAACCAGCCUGGACACCCCCUUGUCGCCCAUGAGCAAACAGAGCUCUUCCUAUUCCGAUAGAGACACUACUGAAGAGGAAUCUGAAUCCCUAGAUGAUAUGGAUUUCCUCACCAGGCAAAAGAAAUUGCAAGCUGAAGCCAAAAUGGCCCUUGCCAUGGCCAAACCCAUGGCCAAAAUGCAAGUAGAAGUGGAAAAACAGAACAGGAAAAAGUCUCCCGUCGCUGACCUACUGCCACACAUGCCUCAUAUAAGCGAAUGCUUGAUGAAGAGGAGUUUAAAGCCCGCUGACCUGAGGGACAUGACUAUUGGGCAGCUACAAGUGAUAGUCAAUGAUCUCCAUUCUCAGAUAGAAAGCUUGAAUGAAGAGCUGGUCCAGCUGCUGCUCAUCCGAGAUGAGCUGCACACGGAACAGGACGCCAUGCUGGUGGACAUUGAAGACUUGACCAGGCAUGCCGAAAGUCAGCAAAAGCACAUGGCAGAGAAAAUGCCUGCGAAGUGAAGAGGAGCCAUCCCAUCUGUGGUUGUAAAAAUGCUGUUGCGCAAGGUGGCGCAGAAACGAACAAACAUCAGUGUUAGUCAUUGAUAAUGUCUGAAGCUUCAUGUCCAGUGAUUGGCCUUUGCUUCUUUUUCUUUCUUUUUUUCCCACAUUUUACCAGAUGAAUUUAAUUGACAUUUUCGGAGCAUUACACCCCAAAACUGCAGGGCCCACGUUCCCCUCAACUCACAUGGAACACCCUCUAGGACAGACCACAUAUUAAGCCACAAAACAAGCUUAAAUGAACUUAAAAAGAUUUAAAUCAUUCCACACACCUCCCACCCCACCCCCAGCCACAAUGGCAUGAAAGUAGAAAUCAAUUU